ACCAGAGUGGACAGCUGGACGGCCUGGAGCUGAUGUCCAUGUUGACAGCAGCUCUGGCCCCUGGAACCGCUGACUCUCCCACCACCAACCCAGUGGUCCUGGUCGUGGACGAGGUGCUGGAGACGCAGGACCUGAAUGGGGACGGGCUCAUGACCCCAGCAGAGCUCGUCAACUUUCCCGGAGCGGCCCCGAGGCACUCGGAGCACCAAGAGCCCCCGGAGCCACAAGAUCUGGGGAGGCAGCCCCCGUUAGCCAAGAGCCCAUCAGGACAAGAAGCACAGGAGGCCCUGGGCCCCAGAGGAGAGGAGGGACAGGUGGAGGCCGGAAAGGAGCCCUUGGAGCCUGGACAGGAGGCUGGGGAAAAGGCCCCAGGCGCCGGAGGGGAGGCUGGGGCCCAGGCCGAGGCCAGGGACGCCGGAAAGGAAGCGGAGGAGCAACCAGGGGAAACAGUGGAGCCUAAGAACCCCCCAAGUGAGUUUGAGGUUCAUGCUAUUCAACUGGAGAACGACGAGAUAUAAGCCUCGAGGAUGCAGGUGUGUGCCGGGCAGUCUCAGCGCCAACAUGCGCUCCGAAGGGCGGGGGGUGUGUGGGGACAAGGACCACCUCUGGCCCCUCCUGGUCCCAGUAGGUGCAGCUCAUGGAGAUCCUAUGCCGAGGGGCAGCUUUAGGGCCCGGACAACCAAUAAAGAACUGAAUAAACUCAC